UGCAUCCGACGGCACGAUUUCCGAGCAAGCCCCAUCCCUCCACCAGCGAUGUUAUCUCUGCUCAGUGUGUUGGCAGGGAUUGUGCUGCUCAUAUAUGUUUAUGUUCGCUUCAAUGACCAAGGGUUAUCCCAACUUCCGUCGGAAGCCCUAGCGUUCUCACCCAACCGGUUCACACCACACGUCGUCCGUGAAACUGCUGAAAAGCUUAGCAGCUCCCCGAGAAUUGUAAAGGAUAUACUUCCAGCAAAGACUGGACGUCGAUAUAUCGUAGUUGGUGCUGGCUUUUUGGGCGGCUGGAUUGUUAUCCAACUUCUACAACGUGGCGAAGACCCAAAGAAAAUCAGAAUCCUCGACAUCCGUGCACCGACUCGUUCAGAUCUACGCACCGGCUUGGCCGCGCAGGUUGCUUUCUUCAAAGUAGACAUUUCUAACGCGACAGCUGUGGAUGAUGCGUUCCAGGCUCCAUGGCCAAAUUCCGACCCUUCAGAUACAGAGCCAGAGGUCACUGUCUUUCACACCGCUGCCAAUAUGCGCUUUUAUGAGCGUCAUCUUGCACUACUUCCGCGUUCUUCCAAAGUCAACCAUGAAGGGACUCAAAAUGUGAUCAACGCAGCACGAUCUAUAGGUGUCACGGUCUUGGUGUAUACCUCAUCUGGAUCUAUCUCUGUCCGCAGAUCGCGCUUUUGGCUAUGGCCUUGGGAGAAGCGUCCAAAGCACUUUGUCCAAGUAAUCAAUGACGACGAUAACCUCAUUCCCAAAUACCACGACCAUUUCUUCUCCAACUACGCUGCGUCUAAGAUCCUCGGACAGAGAGCGGUGAGAGCUGCUGAUGGAUCUCGAUCUGGCGAGAAGAUACUUCGGACGGGAUGUAUUCGUCCUGGCAAUGGUGUGUUUGGCCCCGGCGGAGAUCUUAUAUGCGGUGCCUACCUAAUACGCAAGUACAACUAUACCUGGGUUGCCAACAUCAUGCAAUCCUUCGUUUAUGUGGAAAACUGCGCUCUGGCCCACCUCUGCUAUGAAGCACGUCUCCUCGAAACUGCAAGAGGAGGAUCCAACCCUGACCUCGGUGGGCAGGCAUUUACCAUCACGAAUACUGGUCCACCAGUCACAUAUAGCGAUAUAUACGUAGGAUUGACGACACUGGCUCCUGAAACUACGUUCACAGAGAUGUCGCCCACCUUUAUGCUUUUCAUAUCGCAGAUUAUAGAGGUUCUUUACCUCUCACGCACGUUCUUGACAAUGUCUUCGUUGCCUAUGCGACGUGCGCUUGCACAUUUUAUACCCAACAUAGUUGGAGACACCAUCAAUCUGCAACCAUCUUUGUUCGCGCUCGUAUCUGUGCACCUCAUUUUUGACGAUUCCAGAGCUCGAUUGCCGCCUGAACAAGGUGGUUUGGGUUAUCAUGGUCCGUUCACGACUCUGGAGGGGCUUUGCAGGACAGCGGAGGAAUACUUCAAAGCUGGUGAAAAUGGGGAAGGAAUAUCAAACUCUGGUGGUAUUAGCUUAGAUUUUUUCGGACUUAACAAGGCUCGGAAGGAAAUGACUCAGAUGAACAAGAUGGAGAAGAGGGUCAGUGAUCGGUUGCAUGUAGAGGCCGUUGAUGUGCUGGGGUGAUGCUUACUGGUAGGCUUACUGAUACAGGCAUGACAGUUAUUCGAUUAUGGGUAGGAGAUUGUUUUGCUGAGCAAUAGGAAUCAUUGAUGAUGCGGCAUCUCCGAAUUGUCCUUAGCCA